UCCGUCGUGGCGGAAGCUUACAUGGGGAGUGGACGGUAAAGUGUCCUUGAAAAGCCGCUUCCAGGAGGCGGAGCCCCGCAGUCAUUCUCGAGGCGACGGAGCUGCAGAAUAUCAAGCCGGUUCGUUGUAGCAGCUGUUGCCUAGGUGUGCCCAACCUCGCCAUGUCUGGGGAGCUGGAGAUCAUGGAAUCGCAGGUGAUGUGGGAGCCGGACUCUAAACGGAACACCAACAUGGAUCAGUUCCGGGCAGCGGUAGCUGCUGCUUAUGGGAUUCGCCUGGCCAACUACAGCGAAUUGUACCAUUGGUCGGUGGAUCAUUAUCCAGAUUUCUGGGCAGAAUUUUGGAAGUUUAGUAGAAUUGUCUUCUCCCGCCUUUAUGACGAGGUGAUUGACCCUUCUAAGGGCAUUUCGGACGUUCCAGAGUGGUUUAAAGGCAGCCGGUUAAACUAUGCAGAAAACCUCCUGAAGCACAAAGAAAAUGACAAAAUUGCCCUCUACGCGGCACAGGAAGGCAAGGAAGAGAUUGUAAAGGUGACUUUUGAAGAUCUGAAGCAGCGGGUUGCCCUCUAUGCAGCAGCCAUGAGGAAGAUGGGAGUGCAAAUGGGAGACAGAGUUGUUGGUUACUUGCCAAAUGGCAUCCAUGCAGUGGAAGCGAUGUUGGCUGCGGCAAGCAUCGGUGCCGUUUGGAGCGCAACGUCGCCGGACUUCGGCAUCAAUGGUGUACUGGACAGAUUUUCCCAGAUUCAGCCCAAGCUGAUCUUUUCCGUGGAAGCCGUCAUUUACAAUGGGAAAAAGCAUAAUCACUUGGAAAAGCUUCAGAACGUUGUAAAGGGACUCCCAGAUCUUAAAAAAGUAGUGGUGAUUCCGUAUAUUACCUCGAGAGAAUAUAUAGAUAUUUCCAAAAUGCCGCACAGCAUCUUUCUAGAAGACUUUCUCGCAGCAGACAAGGGAGGCCAAGCCCCACAGCUGGAGUUUGAGCAGCUCCCUUUCAACCACCCUCUUUUUAUCAUGUAUUCCUCUGGCACGACAGGCGCUCCCAAGUGCAUGGUUCAUUCAGCAGGGGGGACGUUAAUUCAGCAUUUGAAGGAGCACAUUCUCCAUGGUAACAUGUCCAGCAGUGAUAACAUCAUGUAUUAUACAACGACUGGCUGGAUGAUGUGGAACUGGCUGGUGUCUGCUUUAGCUGUAGGUGCAUCUGUGGUCCUGUAUGACGGGUCGCCGCUUGUUCCGUCCCCCAACGCCCUCUGGGAUUUGGUUGACCGACUAGGUAUCACCAUCCUUGGGACAGGUGCCAAAUGGUUGGCGGUGCUGGAAGAUAAGAACCUUAAACCAUGUGAAACUCAUAACCUCCAAACGCUCCACACCAUCCUAUCAACGGGUUCACCCCUCAAGCCUCAAAGUUACGAGUAUGUCUACAAACACAUAAAGAGCAGCGUUCUGCUGGGAUCCAUUUCAGGAGGCACAGAUAUAGUUUCGUGUUUUAUGGGCCAGAACGUGGCCAUUCCGGUUUACAAGGGUGAGAUCCAGGCACGGAAUCUUGGAAUGGCAGUGGAAGCCUGGAACGAUGAAGGUCUGCAGCCCAAUGACUUAUCUUGUCAUUUCCCCCCGAAUCGACACUGUGGCAAGCCAGUCUGGGGAGAAAGCGGCGAGUUGGUUUGUACCAAGCCCAUGCCCUGCCAGCCGACACACUUUUGGAAUGACGAGAAUGGAAACAAAUACAGGAAGGCAUAUUUUUCCAGAUUUCCAGGUGUCUGGGCUCACGGCGACUACUGCAAAAUCAACCCCAAGACAGGAGGCAUUGUCAUGCUUGGCCGCAGUGAUGGCACGCUGAAUCCAAGCGGAGUGAGGUUUGGGAGUUCAGAGAUCUAUAACAUAGUGGAAGCUUUUGAGGAGGUUUCAGACAGCCUCUGCGUCCCUCAGUACAACAAAGAUGGCGAAGAAAGGGUGAUCCUUUUCCUGAAGAUGGCCACCAACCAAAAAUUCAGUCCAGAUUUGGUGAAACGUAUUAGGGAAGCGAUUCGCAUCGCGCUGUCAGCUCGGCAUGUUCCCAGCCUCAUUCUAGAAACUGAAGGCAUUCCGUACACGAUAAAUGGGAAGAAGGUCGAAGUGGCUGUCAAGCAUGUUAUUGCCGGGAAGGAAGUGGCUCAGCGGGGCAUCUUCUCCAAUCCAGAGACACUGGACCUCUACCGAAAUAUUCCUGAGCUGCAGAACUUCUGAAGGAAUCUGCCUCCUGCCAAUCUCUGUGCUUGUAUGCGUGCAUGUAUGGUUUAGUAUUGUGUAUAUAAUAUGUAUAUGGAUACUGUAUGUAAAAGAAACUUUUUAUUUAAGCAAUGGUGUUUCUUUUUUAAAAAAAGAAACUUUUGCCAAGUGCUUCAUGAAAAGGCUUUUUGGAAGGGCAGCCCUGGAAAUGUUGGUGUACUAGAUUUAUUUUUCUUUCAGCCAAUAAGCGCUUGUCUUGCCUUUUUUCAAAUAUAACUGGUUACAGAGACUUUUAAAAUAAUCUACACUAAAACCAUGGUUUUCAUUUUCUUUUAAAAUUGAGGAAAGAGGGUGAACAUCCCAUGGGAUGAUAAGACAUAUUCCAUUUGGCUUAAGUUGGAGUUGGGGAACCUGCGGUCCUUCAGAUGCUAUUGGACUGUAACUCCCAUCAGUCCCAGCCAGCAUGGCCUAUUGUCAGGAAUGAUGGGAGUUGUCAUUCAGGCACAUCUGGAGGGCCACAGGUUCCUCACCCUGGGUUUGAAAGCUGUGUUCUGAGGAUUCUAGGAAAGCUAUUGGAAGCUUCUCAGUGGGAAAUUUAGAAAGCAGUGGACGAAUUCCCAUGCUUGCUCACCACUACUGUUGCAUUUGAGCUUUUCUAGACAAAGGGGAUGUUGGGCGUGAUAAAAAAUGGCAUUUUCAGUGAUGGUAGGGCCCAGCAGAUUUAGACAAGAACUGAAAGUGUCCCCUAGACCACGUCCCCAAAUCCUUGGCAAUGGACAGAGCAUCCAUGAUGGAUAAUUCCAUAUGGGAAGGUUUCCUAGAUGCAAGGAAGUUUUCAAAACCACUGAAUUAAUGAGUCCUUUCAGUUUCUAAAAUGUUUACUUUUUUGGUUUUUUAAAAAAGAGAUCUGGGUCUGUGUUUAAAUCUUUUUUAAUUUUUUAAAAAUACUUAUUUUUAGAAUGACCUUCACCAUCCUGGUGCCUCCAGAUUGUUUGGACUGAAGGGCACCAGGUUGGCGAAGGCUGUUUUAGAACUGAGCAUGUUUUUGCUGCUGUUCAAAAUGAUACUUGAGUUUACAACUAGAGUAUGAAAGAUUUAGCAGCAUUGUGCUUGCGCCCUCUUGAAAUCAAUGGGACCAAAAUCAGUAGUAUCUAGCUGAAAGUUCCAUCAGUUCACUGGGAUUUUAUUUUACUUUGGAUUGGCACCAGGAUUUUGCUGCCUUGCCUCUCCAGACCUCAAAAUCAUCUCUCUUGACAAAGGGCACGCGCUGAAAUUGGAAGCAUGACUGCGCACUUAAGUUUUUCUGAAAUGUUUUAAAAAGUGGUUAGAAUUUUUAUAAACUUGAAGGAAACAGGCCACCUUGAUCCCCACUGCAGAUCCCGAGUAUGGAAGCAAAUGGCUUAGUCACCAGUCUUGCACAUCCACAUUUUUAACAGUGCAUGGGCCAAAGGUGGACACCAUAGCCCAGUGGUAGCCAAUGUGGUGCCUAGAGAAACUGAUUGACAGCAACUCCCAUUGCCCCAGCCAGCAUAGCCAGUGAUGAAGGAUGAUGGGAGCUGAAGUCCUAGCAAUGUCUGGAGGGAACCUCAUUGGCCAAAGACUCCCCAUGCCAUAGACUCUGCCCAAAGACUCUCAUAAGCAAAGGAUGCUUGAUCCCUUUCUUUCACAGUGCCAACAGCAACGGUAGUGUUGGUAUGGCAAGGCUCUUUAACUCCCAUUCGCCUUGUGUUGGUUUGUACAUAGGAGGUCAGACAGGAGAACUCUGGCUGAAGCUCUUUUACAUUAGAUGCUGGAUAGUGGGAAAGGAUGCUUAAGAGCCCUUUGUCUCCAGCGUGGGUGAUAUCUGUACCAUACAUUUAAAGCACAUGGUUCCUGUCACCCCAGAAAAGAAUCCUGGAAGUGGUAGUUUAAGGGUCUUGGGAGUAGUAAACUACAGUUCCCAGGUUUCUUUGGAGAAGUCAUAUGGUUUAAAUAUGCUGUAAAUGUAUGACAAAGGGGGAAUUUUUGGCCCUCUAGUUGUUGCUGAACUAUAAUUCCCAUCAUUUCUGGCCAUUGUUCAUCAUCAUCAUCUGGAGGGCCAAAGGUUUCCCACAUCUGUGGUAUGGUGUGGAUGUGGCUUUGGCUUUUGAGGGAGAAAGCAGUAUAAGUAGGAGAAACAAGAAAGGGAGAAUCUGUGAGAUUGAGGGUUACUCCGGGCCCAGGGAAUGUGCACCUUUGGGUGGCUGGAUUGAGCAUGCAGGCAGCAUCUGCCUAUCCUGUGUCCCAGAAACUCGGAAUACCUUUGUGUUUGGUAGGCAAUAUGUUUAAUUUCCUUUCUUGCUUUAAAAUAACACCACAUGUUCUUUGAUGGGAAGAAAAAGAACUAAAAUGGUGUCUUGGUACUUUCAUCUGUCUGGGUUUGUAAAGGGAUUUUUUUUUCUGUCCUAAUAAAACAAGCCAUUACAAGUUAUGGAAAGCAAUGAAAUGGAAAUUAACAAUCCAUUUUAUUUUUCAUAAAAGGAAGAUGCAGUUGUGAGAACUCUGCUGAAAAAGAAAGUUUGGUGUUUGAGCAACUUCUGUGUUAGUUGGACUGAAUGGUGGACAAAUUCUGUCUUGGAUUUUUUCCCCUUGUUAAAAUCAUGAUGUUGAGUGAACUCAGUGAUGUUUUAAGGAAUUUAAAGUUAAUAAAACUGCAGAAUAAAUUCUCA